AUGACCAGAGUGAGGGCAACCGACCCGAGACCGUGUCCCAAGUGCGGCAAGAUCUACCGUUCGGCACACACCCUCCGAACACAUCUGGAGGACAAGCACACCGUGUGUUCUGGAUAUAGAUGUGUGCUGUGUGGCACGGUGGCCAAAUCGAGGAAUUCGUUGCACUCGCACAUGUCCCGUCAACACCGUGGUAUAAGUACCAAGGACCUACCAGUGCAACCGAUGCCGUCCAAUUUCGAUCCGGAACUGGCGUCGAACCUUCUGCUGAAAGCCGGAGUCAAGGUAUCGCCGGCCGAACUACGGGCGAGGGCUUCGCCUACGGACGCGGUCACGACCAGUCACCGGCGCGGCGACGGCAAGUUGGACUUGCAGUCGGCCAACAGCAGUGUGUGCGGCGGUGACGACCCCGAGGACCUGACCGUGAACUCGUCCGGUCACCAUCACCACACCCACCACAACAACAACAACAACCAUCACCACCAGCAGUACGGCAACAACAACAAUAACAACAACAACCAACAGCGGUUCAGCGACUCGCAGCAACAGCAGCUGUUGCAACAGCAGCAGCACCUUCUCCACAACAGCGGCGGGGGUAAGUUUCCCACGGCCAUGGAUCUGAUCGACAAUUACGCGCGGGUGGGCGGUGGAGGCGGCAGCGGCGGAGGCGCCCUGUCGCCGUUCCUGCCGUCGUUCGCGGCUUGCGGCAAGGACCUGCAGCCGGGCGACAGCAAGAUCUCGCCGUACAACAACAAGGCGUUCCUGGACUCGUACCUCAAGGCGCUGGUGGAGACCAACCCGCCCCUGUUCUACGCGUCCAAGAUCGCCGGCGACAUGAUCAAGCACGAGAUCGCGCCCGACGACGCGGAUUACUCGUCUGCGUCCGACGAGGACGACAUUGACGAGGACGACAUCGACGACGACAUCGAUGAGGACGUCGACGACGAGGACGAUGACGACCGUCGCCGCCGGCGCGGACAUAGCGACGGCGGCACCGCCGGUAGCGCCGUCAAUGACACGCCACUGCCGCUGCAGGCCGGCAACAACUGA